AUGAGUCAAGACAGCGACCCGCUCUUGGCCGCGUUGCACAACGACGGCGCCGAGCAGACCCCCGAGCAGGCCGCACAAACCGCCGCCCAGACCGCCGCCCAGACCGAACAGCCCGCACAACCCGAACAACCUGAGCAGCCCGAGCAGGCCGCCGAGCACCAGGAGCGCGUGCGUGCGUUGGCCAAGUUCAAGGACAAGUUGGUGGAGCACCGCAAGUGGGACGCGCGGCUCAAGGACAUGCGCUUGAGCAUGCGCGACUUGCUGGCGUCGUACGACAAGACCGAGGACGACAUCAAGGCGUUGCAGUCCGUGGGCCAGAUCGUGGGCGAGGUGUUGAAGCGGCUCUCGGACGACACGUACAUCGUCAAGGCGUCCAGCGGGCCGCGCUACAUCGUCGGCUGCCGCAACACCAUCCCCAGGCACGGCUUGCAGAACGGCGUGCGCGUGUCCUUGGACAUGACCACGUUGACCAUCAUGCGCCUCUUGCCGCGCGAGGUCGACCCCUUGGUCUACAACAUGACCACGUUCGAGCCCGGCGAGAUCUCCUUCAACGGCAUCGGCGGCUUGGCCGAGCAGAUCCGCGAGUUGCGCGAGGUCAUCGAGCUCCCGUUGAAAAACCCCGAGUUGUUCACGCGCGUGGGCAUCAAGCCGCCCAAGGGCGUCUUGUUGUACGGCCCGCCGGGCACCGGCAAGACGCUCUUGGCCAAGGCCGUGGCCGCCACCAUCGGCGCCAACUUCAUCUUCUCGCCCGCGUCCGCCAUCGUCGACAAGUACAUCGGCGAGUCCGCGCGCUUGAUCAGGGAGAUGUUCGCCUACGCCAAGGAGCACGAGCCGUGCAUCAUCUUCAUGGACGAGAUCGACGCCAUCGGCGGCCGCCGCUUCAGCGAGGGCACCUCCGCGGACCGCGAGAUCCAGCGCACCUUGAUGGAAUUGUUGAACCAGAUGGACGGCUUCGACACCUUGGGCCAGACCAAGGUCAUCAUGGCCACCAACCGCCCGGACACCCUCGACCCGGCGCUCUUGCGCGCGGGCCGCUUGGACCGCAAGAUCGAGAUCAGCUUGCCGAACGAGGCCGGCCGCUUGGACAUCUUCAAGAUCCACACCGCCAAGGUCUCGAAGCAGGGCGACUUUGACUUCGAGGCCGCGGUCAAGAUGAGCGACGGCUUCAACGGCGCCGACAUCCGCAACGUCAUCACCGAGGCGGGCUUCUUCGCCAUCAGGGACGAGCGCGACUACAUUGUCCAGAACGACUUGAUGAAGGCCGUGCGGAAGGUCGCCGACGUCAAGAAGUUGGAGGGCAAGUUGGACUACGAGAAGCUCUGA